AUGGYGCCUGCGCUGCUGUUGCUGGAGAUCCGGCGGAGCAUGCAGAGCGCCUUGCUGGUGAUCGGGGAAGCAAACCUCAGGACCUUGCCGGUGGAUGUCUUGAUAACUCCAGCCUCGCUAGAAGUGCGGCGUGGAGAGGCCUGCACGGCGGUGAUGCUCCCGGCGGGCACCAGGGCUGUCCCGUCCUCCUGCCGUGGGCUGCGCUACCKUCCUGGCGAGGGGCUGCACCUGAGGCUGCAGGUGCACGUGGGCUCCGGCACCAAAUUGGUUUCCACCUUGAGUGAAAGCCUGAAACCCCAGAAGAGUUACACCUUUUACUGCCAAUGCUGUGGAGACAUCAUAAAGAAAGAAGGGAAAUUUCUCAGAGUUCUUCCUCUACCAAGUGAAAAUUGGAGUGCUUUAGUAGAAGAAUGGUGUUGCCACCCUAACCCCUUUGCCAGAAGUGUGUUGCAGCCUCAGAAAGAAGACUGUUUUCUUGGAGAUACCUUUUUUCUGUUGAAUUCAGGAAAUAAGUCACAUGGGCCAGAGUCUCCUUCAAAGACUGGACAUCACACUUCUCAGAGCAGUUCCACCUUGAAAUCGAAGGAAAAUACCAGAGUAAUUUGUAAGCGCUGCAAGACAGUCCUGGGAGAAACAGUAUCAUCAGAGACCACUAAGUAUUAUGUCACUGAGGUGAUGAUCCAGCCAUCUGAGGAAAGCUUCAGCACAAUACCAAGGUCUCAGUUCGUACAGAACACGAUAGCUCAGUGUCUUGUGGAGAUUUCUUCUGCUAARAGCACAUUUAGGUUCAGCAUAAAAGGGGAUGAUGGAAAAGUCUAUGUUUUGAUAUGGCUUUUAAAUUCUGACACGCUGCUAGUGGAAUCUUUAGGAAGCUCAUCCUCCCAUGAUGUUUUUACACUGUUUGGGGAUACUUUGAAGCCUGAUUCUGGACCAGUGGGAGCUUGGGAUGCAGUCAAGGUUCUUUACCAGCCAUGCCUUAAAAGCAGGAAUAAGGACCUUGCUGAUGCAUGGGAAGAGGAUAUUGGGGUUCAUCCUUUAACUUUUCCAUCACAAACAUGCUUGGAAUUACUGCUAGUACUGGGUUUGAGUACCAGCUCUCUGCCACCUUCACUUCGUUGCAUGAAUUCUUUCCAGGUUGCCUUUUUGAAGAUGUGAAGAAUCCACAUAUAUAUGUUGAAAACUAUUCUAAAAUUCAUCUUCAGCAAAAAAGUCUAUCGCUGCCUUCCAGUGGUUUGCUUUCUAGAAAAGAAUCACCUGACAUUGCAAAACAAAAUUUGGGGAUGUAGGGAGUAUUCUUCAUGUCUGGUUAUUUUUCCAAAACCAUAAAACCCAAGACAAGGGACUACAUUCCUAGAUGUCAUUCUGGGGGUAUUAGAAUGAUACUCUUAUCUAAAAUACUAGAAAACUGGGAUAACUGUUACUGCGAUGCUUUUAUUGCCAAAUGAAUACAUAGAAUUAUCUAUGUACUGCCUUUAUGAGACAGURGUUGAUAAACACUUAUGUGUCCUACAAGUGGCAUCAGAGAAAUGUUCCUGAAAUAUUUUGUGUUGUGAAUACUCAAGUAAGAUUUCUACUUUUCUGAUCAGGAAAAGUUAAGAGAUCCAUUUUUAAAAUUAUAAUCUUUUACUUUGUUGGAAUUAUACAUUUAUCAAGUAUAUUGUUUCCACAUCAAGGUCUCUCUCCUUCCUUGUGAGAGGGGGAGGAGAAAUAUUUGCUAAGGCUCUCUGCGWUUUUCUGUAAGCAUCUGAUACUGACACAUAACAGGCAGGUAGUGGACUAGUUUGUCUGACCUGUGUCAGGUAAUCAUGAGGCAAUUCAUGUGUCUUGAAAAUUGAAUGUAUAAGAAAAGUUCUCCAAAAUGUGAGGGAGAGAGAGCAAUCACUUGUUUAAGUAGUCUGUCUUYUUCAAAGUCCAUCUUUAAUUUCUUAAAAUCAAAAGAUACUACCUUGUCAGAAGGCAGAUACAUGUAAGGAACUUAUUUUAAGGAGGUUAUUUUU